GCRGAAGGUGGGAGGUGCCAGACCCUGGAACAAAGGGAUGAUCCCAGAGCAGUCGCCUCGCUCCGGCGCUUUCCCAAAUAUUUAGGGCAUUUCUUCCUCUCCAGCCCUAAUUCAUAAAUUUAUUGGGAAUAUCCCACGGAAAUUCUCUGUUCCUCCUCUUUUAGGAACGAAGCAGCCCUGGCAAGGAGGUGACACGGCAAAAGCAGCGUCCAGAGGGUGAUUUGCCGGCUAUCCCAGCUCUCUAAAUCAUGGAAAAUCCUCCUUAUCCCRCCAAGCUGGGAUGCUCCCGCACCGCUCCUUAUUUCACCUCCGUUUUCCUGUGAGUUUUCCCAGAUUUCCGGCCUCAAAUCCCGGUUUUUUCAGCAGGUUUUUCUUUUCYACCCUGGGAUAACGGGAUAGCCRCUGCUCCAAACUUUCUUGGCUYGGCCAGGAAUCUUUUCCAGCCUGCAUGGACAGGGCAACCUUYGCCUGUUCCACCGCCUUUUUCCGGGACUCUGGAACCUCCUCUCCGGCUGCUCCGGGGCUUCCCGGGGGACACGUGGAUUUUAUAGAAAAAGUCGAUUCCUUCACUUACUCRGAUUUUUUCCGGGAUUAUCUCAUUCCCAACCAUCCCUGCAUCUUCUCGGCCAAGUUCACCGAGGAUUGGGGCAGCAGGAGGAAUUGGGUGACGCGGGAUGGGAAGCCCAACUUCGAGCAUCUCCUGCAGAAGUUUGGAGAAUUCCUGAGGGAUUUGUUCAUUCCAGGUGAAGCCGUGGUCCCUGUGGCCAACUGCGAUGUCAAGGAGUACAACUCCAACCCCAAGGAGCAGCUGCCCUUCAAGGAGUAYGUGAAGUACUGGAAGGAAUACAUCAGGAACGGCUACCGCUCCUCCCGGGGCUGCCUCUACCUCAAGGACUGGCACCUGAGCAGGGCUUUCCCAGAGCACGAUGUUUACACCACUCCCGUGUAUUUUUCCUCGGAUUGGCUCAACGAAUAUUGGGAUGCAGUGGCYGUGGAUGAUUAUAGGUUCGUCUACAUGGGACCCAAGGGCUCCUGGACGCCAUUCCACGCCGACGUCUUCCGCUCCUACAGCUGGUCAGCCAACAUCUGUGGGAGGAAGAGAUGGCUGCUGUAUCCUGCGGGCCAGGAGGAGUUCCUGAAGGAUUGCCAUGGCAACCUUCCCUUCGACGUGACGGCUCCCAGCCUYCGGGACAGGAAGGUGUACCCGCGCUACGGCCAGAGCCAGCCCCCCGUGGAGAUCGUGCAGGAAGCGGGAGAGAUCGUCUUCAUUCCCAGCGGGUGGCACCAUCAGGUUUACAACCUGGAAGACACCAUUUCCAUCAACCACAACUGGGUCAACGGCUGCAACGUGGCUGUYAUGUGGUGCUUCCUGCAGGAUGAGCUGGCAGCUGUCCAGAGGGAAAUCAACCAAUGGAAAGAUCCCAUGGAUGACUGGCACCUCCAAUGCCAGCUGAUCAUGAAAUCCUGCACGGGCAUCGACUACAAGGAAUUCUACAACUUCCUCAAGGUCAUYGCAGAGAACCGGAUCUCCGUCCUGGAAAAGGGCCUGGACGAGGAAGCCUCAGCCCGGGACAAUUCCAAAGCCGCCAUCUCCACCUUGGGAAUGCUGCACGCCGUGUUUGACCUCAAGAGGACGGCCAAGGUGCUGAGCUCGUUAAGCGCUAACGAGGAUUUCCGCAAGCUGGACCUGAGCUCGCUCUCUCCCGCUCCGGAGGCUCUGCUCCACCACCUGGAAGCGGCCAUUGACACGGCCCUGCUCUGA